AUGUGCUUAAAAGUACAUACGACCUCGGGUUCUCCCGAGAAAUGCGACUGCGCUGCUUCCUCACAUUGUUCGAGGGCGUCAAACAUCGGAGCCGCCGGAGGGGUCGGUGGAUGGCAUCCUGCCUCCACCUCCCCACGAUAUCGCCUCUCGAGCGAGGUCAUGGUUGAUUUUCAGUCUAUGAACCUGCGCUACAUCACGCCCGCAAUACUCGAGAUCUUUGAUGAGGACCUAGUCCUGGCGGAUUCCGCGGCCAGACGACAUACUAUGAAGGUACUCGAUAAUCUGGCCAAGCUCCGAGAAGACGCCCUCCCCGCGUACCGCAUGGCUCAAAGAAGGGUCGAGCGGGCAUCUCUUUUCCUCAAAGAGAUGUUCCUCGGGAAGGGUGACGACGAUAAAAAUAUCGACCCAUCCUUCCAAAGGGCUGCUAACAAGCUCAAGAAAUUUUUUAUCUCCUCUCCAACGAAGAAAGCCGUCAAGUAUGUGAUGGAGCACCAGAAACAUCAGUACAACGCUCGACACUAUAUGAUGACAAAUCCCAUGCACGGCAUGGUGAACCUAUUAGAGCGUUAUUUAAUUAUCAUCGAUUCCGGGAAGGAGUUUCUUAAAAAGUUUGCAUGGGCGAUGGAAGCCAAGAAUAAUGUGAAGGUAGUCCUUUACGAAACGAACUUUAUGCUCAAGAAUGGACUUGGGGUACUGGGUUGCCAUCAAAAAUUACUCCAAGCUGACUUUAAUGAGUCGGAGGAACUCUACAUGGAGAUGCUUGAUACAUGCCGAUUGGUGGAGGAAUAUGUUUGGUUUAAUGAUUUUUACAUGCCUUUGAUGGAAAGCUUUGGUCAAAAGUCGGUUAGCCCAGUCAUCACACUGUUCAACAAUCUGUUUAAAGACCUUUGGCAUUCAGAAACCAAUCCUAGUGGACCCCAAAAGCUAGAGCCCUUGGGCCCCGAAUGCUUUCUAUGGGAUAUCGACUUUGAUAGCACGUUGGAUAGUAUCCAUGAAAUCUGCAGGUUGAUCAAGAUAGAUCCGAAGAAGAAAUAUAAGACGGGAAAAAAAAGGCAGAUGGCUGGACCCGGGUCUAGUCCCGCUCAAACGCAGGACGAGACAGAUCUCAGCUCCCCCGAGGCAAUCGCGGGCAAGAAGAGGAAGAAGAAUUGGGAUUCUUCGGACGCUAACCCCGCCAAAAAAAAAGAAAGAGAUCACACUUUUUAA